GAAAGAUUUUUGAAAUUGAAAUUUUAUUUAAAAAAUUGGGAUUUACUACAUUUUUGGAGCUAAAAACAAAGAUAUUCAAAACAUAAGAGCUUAAAAUUCAAAGUAACUGUGUUUGCAGCUUUGAUUUAAUUGGCUUGUUUUAUCAUGAAAAGAUAAUCAAAACACUUAAUUUCACAAAAUUAUGGAUAAGUACGGUGACGGGAAGUCAUCAAGAAAUCGAUGGAAGGAUGAGAAUCGUAAUCCAAAACUUUAUGAUGAGCGCACAGAUACACCGGGUCAAAGUCAGAAUGGAAAAAAUUCUUCCACAACAGCAAUAUCAUCAUCGUCUACAACGUCGUCGUCAUCAAAAAAUCAAGGAAGUAAGCAAGUGAAAAAUGAUAUUGUCAAUCAGUUGGCUCAAAGUUUGCCGGAAGAUGUGAGGAUAUCGAAACUUUUACGUCGUCUAGAGACAGAAGGUUCAGUAACCGGUACGAUAGAAAUAUGUCAAAAAUUAAAGGCUGCUGUGCAGGAUCAAACAAAUGCAAGCUAUAUUCGUCGUUCGUUUGAUAUGCUAGCAAAUUCUUUAAUUUCGAUAAUGAAGGAAUGUCAUUCACCGGAUGCCAUGUCAAGUGUGUGCCAAGUUUUUGGAAUGAUUGGAUUUGUUAUGCGAAAUGACUUUCCUCUUUACAAGUCUUGGAUUUGUAAGACAUACAAAAGUGUCAAACUUCUUCGUGCACCAAUGAUGAAUGCAUUGGAGAAAACUUUGAUAUUGGAUUCAAGUGAUUUGCGAUUGAGCGACCAAAUGGGAAGAUUAAUGGAGUUAUUGAGAGACUUUCUUGAACAAACUGACGACUAUAAAGUGUUUAUUGCUAUAACUCAAGUUAUCAUGGCAAUUGCACAAAAUUAUAAUCCUCGGUAUUUCAAGACUCAUUUCUCAAACAUUGUUGACAUUGUUAUCGGUUGGAUGAUGGAACCUGGACAAAAGUCGAAAGUUAAAAAUCAAUGCUCAAUUGUUUUGCAAAGUUUCAAGAUCUUUUGGCAAAACGAUACUAAAUUUACGCUAGAUUUGUUGGGACAACUUUUGGAAGACAUUGAAGGAUGUACUGAAAAAAUAGAUGAAAGUGGUGAUGGAAACUUGAAGAACUAUAAGGAAUUCGGUGCAUUUAUUGGUGUAUUCAAUGCAAUCAUUAAAUCCAUUUAUGUGUCUCCUGAGGCACUAGUCAACUUUAUAGGAAAGGAUAUGAUGGUACAAUGUGUAGAUAAAAUAUUGAAAGUAGCAUUAGUCGCUUUGAAGGAAGAUAUAUGCAUAAAGGAAACCGUAUUGACUAUAAACGAAUUCACAUUAAUGCUACUUGAUUGUCGAAAAUAUGGUGUAGAAAUGCAGAUGGAAACAAUUCAGAACAUCAUAGAGAUUGAAAUGGAAAAUUUAACAAAAUAUUCGGAAGAUGAAAUUUCAAGUUUUCUUUUUCUCGUAACUCAAUUCAUUGGUGAAUUUAAAAGCGUGCUUACGGUUAAUUUCAUUGCAAAUUUAUUCAACAUCGAUGGAAUUUUAUUGAAGAAAAUUAUCUUCAAUGAUGAUAGAAGAAUCAAAAAUGGAUUAAUAAAAAUUUAUCAUGAUGUGCUGGCCUUGAAAAAUGUUCCGGUUCUACAAGCAGCAUAUAAGUGCAUUCUUGAACAGUUUGCCGCAUGUAUGAAGCAAAUUCCUCAAUUAAACGAUAUUAAAUGGAUUAUAGAUGUGGAAACGAAAGAUGAGAAUUCAACUGCAAUUUCAAAUGAAAAGACCAUAAUUAAAGCACAAUAUGCUCUUAAUUUCAACUUAACUGCUAUAUCAAAACUAGCUACGAUGCAGAAUUCCAUUAUUGCCAUGUAUUCUCUUGUGCCAAGUAUUUUGGAAGUUCUUUUGGGUCUGCAAAUAUGGAGACCAGAAUGGAAUGAUUAUGAGCUCAUACAAUACUCUGCAUUACUUGUAAUUUCUGAGCAUUGCUUAAAGAAUAGUAAUUUUAUCACAUCCAGCUCACUGCUAGCUACUAAAGCAACAACAGCAAUCACAUCUUCAUGGUUAUCCGACUCAUCACCAACAGAAAGUCCAGUCUCGCAACAUUUUAAAUACAUUCUAGAGUUUGUUGAUAGAAUUCUCAAGUCCACACCAUCAUUAAAACAAUUCAAAUUAAUUCUCGACUGGCUUGAUAAAUUAAUUCAGCAGACAACACAGUAUGCAGAGCAGCUUAAAGAUAAUCAACAUUUUGUUUCAAUAUUGAAACGUAUAAACCACAUCUCAAACAAAUAUAAUGAUGAAGUAUCAUUGAAGGUAGCCGCUUGUAACGAUUCGUUAUACGCAUUUGAUGUUAUACAUUCCGAUAUUUUUAUAUCGAUGUCAGAAGCUUGUGCAGUGCAAAUGUGCUCAGUUAAUCCUGAAAUUAGACGUCGUUUCUCAUUUAUUUUAUCGAGAAUUCCAUUAAAAUAUACAUUAGAGCAAGCGAAAUCGCCAUCUGGUAUCAAUCAAGAAGCAAUUGACAAAAUUACUGAGAUGGAAAACUGGCACUUAUCACUUGGAAGUAUUCAUGGUGGAGAAUUAAGAGCUCAAUACUUUCAGCAAUUUAUCAAUCACAUUUCCUUUACACCAAAUGCAUCGAAUAUUGAUCAAUUUAUAUCGCAUGCAUUUAAAAACUGCUGGUUUAAUGGCACAGAAACUGCUGAGGAGUAUAAGCGUGUCACAUUGAAAGAUGUUAGAACAUUAAGCGCUUGGAUUCAGUGGGAGGCAGCAAGAUUUUGUGUCAAUAAUAAGCUCAAGACACCACUGGGAAAGGCUCAAGACACUUUUAUCAAAAUCGAGGGUAUCAUUCGUGAACAUGCUCGAGUACUGACCCUCAAAGAUAAAUCAAAGUCGAAAAGCUAUAAACAUGUCUUGGCAAAUCAACGUAAUGUGAGAAUCCUCUUGGGUUUCAUGGAAUCAUUAGAAAAGGCUAUUUAUAAUGCAGCUGAAGGGAGUGCCUUUGCAAUACCACCACCGGAGAAGCCAGCACGUACAUUCUUUCGCUUGAAUGCAUCUACAUGUAAUGAAUGGUUCACCCGCAACAGAUUAGCAAUACAUCAACUCGCAUUACACUGUAUGGAACUUGAAAUGGUUAUAAGAUGCUCUCAAAGCAUACUUAAGGAAAUGGUGGCAGCAGGAAAAAUGAAUGAAAUAUUUUUUGAUCAAAUUCUCAUGUCUUUGACGUGGGCUCUGUUAAGAAAUUUUGAAAGUGAUGCUCUCAUUGGACUCUAUAUUUGGGUUAGAAACAUCACGGGCAGAAAAUUAUAUUGGAUUAAAAUGGCAUCUGAGCAGGCCGCUGGACACCGUGAAAUAGCAGCUGAUGGUUAUGCAAAAGUUUUACGUGAUGAGAAACUCGAGCCGAAACUUUAUGACUUUAUUGCGGAUCAAAGACGAAUUUCAUUAAUCUACACUGGUAAUAUGAAGGAGCUUGUAGACGUUCUAGAUGAAGAAGAAUCAAGAAAUUAUAAGCCAUCAAAUAUUCCAAUAUUAAAGAUGACGAAAGAGCAAAUUGAGAAUAUAAUAAUUUAUGAGAAAACAAAGGAUACAUCGACACUUGCUGAAAUGGCACUUUGGGAGACAUUAGAAAAUGGUCCGGAAAUUUCUAGUAAUUAUUCGGUACAUAAUUUAAUAUCAUUAUCAGAAAAUACAAUUGCAAUGAAAUUUGUCGAUCAAAGAGAGGGACAAAUGGAGAAUGAAGCAUGGGAAAUUUUACAAACCUUAAUUCAGGAAUGCUUGAGAACUGGCUCACAAGAAUAUCCAGUCCAGUUGAACAUUAUAAAUCAUUUAGCUGGAAAAAUCAAGAAUAAGGAUGUUCAAUCAUUGGAAAUAGAAAAGAAGUACGGAUCAUUGACUAUGUUUAUAGUCUCUCUGUACAGUGAAUUUCUUGAUGCGUUUAGCGAUAAAGGAGAGCAACAAAAUAUUAAUUUGAAAAUUGACUUGGUAGCUGCUGGACGAAAGGAAUUAAAUUUUAAACAAUGCACGCAGCAGUUAUUUAGCGUUUACAAGUGUGUUGAAUAUAAGGAACAUGUGGGUCUACCAAUAGAACAAGAAUCGCUUCCUUUAAUAAAAGACUGUCUAAUGUCGUCGCAAAAUAUUGACAGUGGAAAAGUAUGGAGUGAAAAUGUGUCACGUGCUGUAUAUGAGCAUUGUAAAAUGCUAUAUGUUGCCAAAAAUCAACACUUUGAUGCAAUUCAAUUUGGUUCAACCGCAGCGAUUGGAAUCAAAAGCAGAUUAAUGUCAACAGACAAUGUAAAUACGGAAAAUUUAAAUAAGUUAUGUGUGAAAUUCUACAUGAAAAUCGCAGAAUGGGUGCAAAAUGAAUCAGAGGAAUUGUUAGAGCAACAGGCGUCAAAGCCAUUGAAAAUGCUAGUUCAUUCAAUUAACGACGAAGAGUAUAUCGACGAUAAAAUGCCACUGAUUGAUGCAGCUGUUGGAAAAUUACUUCAGAGUGGUGUAAAACAGUGUCCACAAAUGCCAAAAGCAUGGUCAUCACUCGCUAAUUGGUGCUAUAGAUGGGGUAGAAAAAUGAUUGAAUCAAAAACUGACAGUCAAGGACUAAGAGCAAUUGACUCAAGUGCAAUUAUUGAAUUGAUACCGGAAGCACAAUCGGAAGAUGUCGAGAGCAUUUUAAAAAUUCUCAACGAGCAGCAAAUUAUUGUUGAAGAUGAAGAUAUUGGACCGAAUGAAAGUAGUUCAACUGAAAUAAUUGAGGGACAAUUGCGCAUGAUACCAUUACUGCAGGAUAGAAAUAGUGAUUUCAUUAAUAGCAUUAUAAAAUUGUGGAAGCAAGCACAUCGUGAUGUUUAUAGAUAUUACGAAAUGUGUGCAAGUGCAUACUUUAAAUUCCUUUUAUUAUCAUCCUCAAAUACUGAUAUGGUCGGCGAUUCAUCUGUUGUAACCGCAACCUUGCGUCUAUUGCGACUCAUCGUAAAACACGCUUUGGGUCUACAAGAAGUUUUGGAAGAAGGUUUAGCAAAAACUCCUUCAGAUCCAUGGAAAGUCAUCAUACCCCAAUUAUUUUCUCGACUUAAUCAUCAUGAGCCAUAUGUAAGAAAGCGUGUUUCUGAGCUUUUAUGUCGUGUUGCAAUGGAUUCACCACAUCUUAUUAUCUUUCCAACUGUUGUCGGUGCACAAGAUAAAAGCAUGGAUGUAACAAAAUUAACCAGUGAACAUAGCGGAAAUUCGGAAACGGAUUGGAAGAAUUCAAGUCUUACAUUCUGCUUCACGUCAUUACUCGAUACACUGUCUAUGCAGAGUCCUAAGACAGUCAGUCAAGUACAAUUAUUUGUUCGUGAACUUCGUAGAAUUGCAUUACUUUGGGAUGAGUUAUGGCUGUUGUCAUUAAGUCAAGUAUAUGCUGAGAAUGUUAAAAAGCUUCAGAACUUUGAGGCAGAGUUUCAUACCACUGACAAAUCUCCGGAAAAGGUUUCUUUGUUUACUGAAAAGUAUCGUUUACUUAUGAGACCAGUUAUUUUUGUUAUGGAACGACUGCAAGGCUAUUGCUCGAAAACCCCGGAAACAAAUAACGAGAAGGCUUUCCAAGAAAAGUUUUUGACCUUCAUUGACGAGACAAUUGUUGACCUUAAGAAGCCAUUUGAUCAAGCAGAACCACUAGGCGUGUUUGGUAAAUUAAAGACACUUUAUCAGCUUAUGCAGCAACGUGUUCAAAAACGAAUGAACCAUUCAUUUAAAAUGAGUGAUAUCUCGCCAGUCCUUGCAUCACUACGUAGUACAAACAUUUCAAUGCCAGGCGUCAUGCCAUCAAAUGAGAGUGAAGCUGUUUAUAUACAAUCAGUUGAUGAUGUAAUUCAUAUUUUACCGACCAAGACGAAGCCCAAAAAGUUAGCAUUUUAUGGAAGCGAUGGUAAACGUUAUACAUAUUUAUUCAAAGGUAUGGAAGACUUGCAUUUAGAUGAGAGAAUAAUGCAAUUUUUAUCAAUUGCUAAUUUGAUGAUGAAAAAAUCUGUUGACUCUGACGGUAAAGUCACCCAUUAUCGUGCACAACAUUAUUCAGUCAUCCCACUUGGACCUCGAAGUGGUUUGAUUUCGUGGGUUGAUGGUGUCAUUCCAAUAUUUUCAAUUUACAAAAAAUGGCAACAACGUGAAGCCGCAAAUCCACGAAAGGAUAAGCAGUAUGUGGUUCUCAGGCCAUCGGAACUCUUUUAUAAUAAAAUUACUCCACUUUUGAAAGAGCAUAGUCUCAAACCAACUGACAACCGCAAAGAUUGGCCUUUAUCCGUGCAGAAAAAGGCAUUCGACGAACUAAAGGCUGAAACGCCUAGGGACUUACUUGCAAAAGAAUUUUGGUGUACAGCCUCCACAGCAGCUCAUUGGCGUCAAAUUGUUCGAAAUUAUUCCGUGUCACUCGCAGUCAUGAGUGUAAUAGGCUACAUAAUUGGGCUUGGCGAUAGACAUUUAGAUAAUAUUCUUGUUAAAUUGGCAAGCGGUGACAUCGUUCAUAUUGAUUAUAACGUUUGUUUCGAGAAGGGAAAAACUUUACGUGUACCAGAGAAAGUUCCAUUCAGAAUGACGCAAAACAUCGAGGAAGCUCUUGGACUUACAGGAAUUGAGGGCUCAUUCCGAUUAUGUUGCGAGCACGUGCUGAAAUCAUUAAAACGUGGACGAGAGACUCUUUUGACAUUGCUCGAGGCAUUUGUUUAUGAUCCGCUGAUAGAUUGGGCAAUUGGUGAGGAUAAUAAUGCAACGGGUGGUCUUGCAAACAUAAGUGGCGGUGAAAAAGGAACUACAUCAGCUGGUGAGAUCUCAGCGGCAAGAAAGCUACUUGAACGUGAAGUCACACGAGAUACAUUGGCGAUACGAUUUACAGAGAUUAAAAAUGAUUGGACACAAAAUAGAGACGACGUUUACAAUCAAUUGAUAUCAAUGAAGACAUUCCUAAGUGAUUUGUUAAAUAGUCGCAACAAUUUGCAGCGCCUAGAAACACAAAGAAAUAUUCUAUCAAAACAAAUAUCAUUAGUUCGUGAUGUUGAAGCACUUGGAUCAGCCAUGCAUAGUCAUUCGCUUAAUACUCUGUCACAGCGUUAUGCUAUAUUUAAGAAGAAGAGGAAUGACGUAAAUUUGAUUAAGAACAUUUUAUACGAAAAGGCCAUUGAGUCAGAAAAAUUGAUUGAGGAUUAUAAAAGUCUUAUUAAGGACGAAAAUAUCAUCAGCAACUCAUUGAUUGAACUGAAAUCUACAACAUCUCAUCUAUCAUCUGAGUUUGAGAUUGUAAAGGACUUCCUUGAGAAUUCUAAUCAAGGUCAAAUAUACAUUCAAAGCGAUAAGUUGAGGAAUGAAUUAAACAGCUUAACCGUACAGCGAAAAAGUCUUAUUGAGAAUGUUUUUGAGAUGCUAUUGCAGUACGUUAAUGUAAUAUCUUUCUAUCCGCAUGACCAUGUACAGAAUCAUCGUCUUACAAAAUAUUCAACAUGGUGUCGUUCCCUAACGGAAAAUAAAAGUCAAGAAAUUUCACGACAAAUUGCUAUGGCUUUUCAUGCAUCAUUCGGCGAUGUUAUGCUGAAAGAGAAUCCAGAAAAUGUAAUUGCAUUUAAUUUUCAUCUGCAAACAUAUCUUGCUGAAUUGAAUUAUAGAUUACAAGGGAAUUAUCAAAAAUAUCAGCAAUUCAUUGAGGUCGAUGGAUCAUUUGAUGUCAUGAAGAAUGAAUUUGAUAAAUUCAUGCACGAGAGUAACGAUGAGACAUUUAUGGCAUAUGAAAUGAUCAAGAUGAUAAAGCGCUUUCUAACUAUUGAGACAUCAGCAUAUGGCACGAAUAAUCUUGCUGAUUUAGUAAUCAAUGACCGAUGGUUUAUGGAUGAAAUUAUGAUUCAAGCAUCAUUCUUGUCCAACAUGACAAACAUCCUUAUCGAUUCCGCAUCGAAUCAUAAGAAGAAUCCCCUUCUUGUCAACAGCUUGGAAUGCUUUACGACAAUAACCGAGAUGAUGGAAACAACCGAACGUAUCAAGCAUGAAUUUCAAUUAAAUAUCAUACCACAAACUUUAAAGGGUAUUAUAUCACAAGAUAAAAGCGUAUUGGAUAUGAUAUCGUCGCUAUCGAAUAUUACAAAGUCACCAAUAUCAGAAUUGUUGACGAAAUUAGAGGAGGAUUUCGUGAACUGUAUACAAAAUCCAAAUCAAAGAGGAUUGCUGCGUGCAGCUGAAUUGUCAGAAUCAUAUACUAACAUGUAUACACAAUAUCAACAGCAAGAAGAAGAUACCAUGGGUAAAAAAAUAUUCAUGUCAUGUCAUAGUGCGUUUGAGGAGCUGUGUAGAUAUUCCAAGAAAAUUAUGAGCUUUGAUAAGUUGUUGAGUGCCAUACCAGAAGAAUGGGCUACAAUUACAGAAAUUGAACAAGCACGUAUGCUCUUCAUAACACCCAUGAAGACCAAUAUAUUUAUGACACUCGACCAGUUAUUUAUGGUCAAGCGUAUACAAACUUUAAUUGAAUUUUUCGGCUAUUGUCUACAAAUUGCAUGGGCUUUUAAAGGAUCUGGCGUUAUUGUCAAUCUCGAUAUUGAAUUUUUAAGUCAUCCAUUAAAAGUUUUCAUAACUGAACUUUUAACAAAAUGUGUUUUUGGACGUGGAUCGUAUGCUUUGUCAAUCUCCGUAUGCUGUUUAUUGCAACAUAAAAUGGAAGAAUUGAAUGGCAACAACAAGUGUUUCAACACACUUGAACAAAUGUGCUAUCAAAUGCCAAUGAACUCAAGUCACAUGACCUAUUGUGAAAAGUUAUUUGGAACGCUUGAAGAAAAGUUUAGAAGACAGAACUCAAACGACUAUUAUCAAAGGCUCAUUCAUCAGGAAAGUGAGUACGUACAACAUGUGACAUGGAUUAUAAGUUGUCAUCAUUGGUUACAUGAAGAUUACUUGCUGACUCAUCCAAAUGUGUUGCCACCGAUACCAAGAGCUUCACUUCUUAUACAAUUUCAAACCUUCAUUCAGACAUUGUCAAAUUGGGGUGCAUCAAUUCAUAAGAUUGAUGAGGAUGUAAAGAAGUGUUCAGGUGCGAUUUUACAACGUUUAAAAUGGGCAACAGGUGCAAAUCCUAUGUUGAAUGAAUUGCUGUAUAACUUUGAGUCGAUUUCACGUGACAAUGCAAUGGAAUUGGAACGAGAUAACAAAUAUGCAGAACAUGCAUUGAAAUGUUGUAUUGCAAUAAUUAAUUAUGAAAUGUUGAGAUAUAAAACACCAAAAGCAAUUGUCAGUGACGAGGAAUUCCUGAAUUUCCUACAACAAUGGGAAAAUGUUUGCAUUUCAGAACGCAAUAUUGCUCACACAGUAAAUCCAAUCGAGGAAGGAAUUGUUGAAUUGCUUGAUCCAGAAGGACCAAUUGAACGAUCAUGGAUAGAGAACAUAACGUCACUAAUUGAUGACAUGAUAAAUCAAGUGCAUAAUGAAAUUGACACUAAUGAGAAGUGCAUGGUAUCGGCACAAGAUAAUCUUCAUCUUUCUGCUCAUAAAUUGCGCAAUUUAAUGUCAACACAUCACCGCAUAUCUGCUGACAUAAGAAACCUACUGAAAUCAAUUUUGAAAUAUGAUGAAUGCGGAACUAACAAUGAAUUGCUACGAGAAUAUUUCUCCACUUACAAGACAUACAUCGAUAAUGUUAGUGAGUUGCAUGGAAAUGUAUUGAGUAAGGAUUUCACUGACUCAAUGGUAAAACAAAUUAGUGAGCAAGUUAACAGGUCUCUCGCCGUAUCCAAUGAAAUUUAUAAUGGUUUAUUCAGUUUUGAAAAGACAUUGGGUGGCAUGCUGACAGAUUGCAAUCAAAAGAUAAUGAAGCUGCAGAGAAACCAAUCGGAAAAUUAUUCCAUUGAACAUUCGGAUAGCCCCGUGAUGAAAAAAGUAUCAGGAUCGAAUCAAAAAGAACAGCGUAAAAAUGUCUAUGGAGUGUCAGUAUGGAGACGAAUAAGGAGCAAGCUAGAGGGAAGAGAUCCAGAUGCCAAUAAAACAUCAAGAGUACAAGAGCAAGUCGACUGGAUGAUUCGCGAAGCAUUGAAUCAAGAUAAUUUGGCAUUGCUGUACGAAGGCUUCACUUCAUGGGUCUGAAAUAACAUCGAAUGGAUUAAUUGUGUGGUUUCAUCGGAACUUUUUGAACUCUUAAAAAAAUAUUUCACUGCAAAAAAAUACAAAAAAAAAAAAACAAAAACCGCAAACGGAACCAUUUCUAUUUUUGAUUGGAAAUUGAUUCUCGUGCAUCAUUGAACCAGCAUAAACAUCUGCGUGUGAAUGAAACGGUUUCAAACUUAUUCCAACAUCAAAAUAAUGUGACAAAAAAUAAUUAUAUCAACGAAAUGAAGACGUUUUGCAAGUAGUUGCUAAUCAGCUACAGUCACUUGUGUAUGAAUCGCCCAAGUGACUUGACUAAUUAAUUAAUCAAAAUCUUUUUUUUCUUUGUCUCUCUUCCGUUUCCUCCUUUUCUUAUUAUUUUUUGGAUUCAUUAUCAUUUAAGGAAUGAGAAUUUUUAUUUUGUUGAUUCGGUUCUUUUUUGCAUCAUUUUCUUUAUUUUGUUGCCAAGGCGAAGCAACUUAUAAAACAUUUUAGAGGGUUUUUGAAUCAAGAACUGUUCUGAGAUUAUUUGAAAAUUGUCUCUUAAUUUCUUGUCCUUUAUUUUGUCAAUUAUUAUAGCAAAUAAAAGGAGAUAUUCGGCUGUUCUCUAUUCAAAAUUAGAGUAUUACUAUCUAUGUGCUAUAAUUGUAGUAAAAAUUAAAAUCUUUAAAAACUUUCGAAGAUAUUUUUGAAAUCAUUAAGAUUGGAACCUUGAAAUUUCUUAAAUUCUUUGAAACACUUUGAAGUAAUAUUAUCUUAACAUCAUAACAGAAAUUGGAUAUCUGCUUUAAAAACAAAUUUGUUUUCAAUUUUAAAUCUUGAAUAAAGUUUGAUAUUUGGAUGUUUUGUAGGUUAUGCAUUCUAAAGGUUGAAAGAACCAGCCUAAAUCACUGAUCAAACCUUGAAGUAGCUUCUCUUUUCUAAAAUAAUCGCAUUCAAAUUUUGGUUCUACAUAAUUAAACCUUAUUAAGGAAAAAUCUACAAUUAUAAUUUUCAAGCUUACUGAAAUAAGUAAAUGAGACAGGCAAAAUAAAAAACAAAAAUUAAUAACAAUCAUGUCAUUUUCAAUGUAUCUUCUUUACAAAUAAUAAUGAUAAUGCUUUUUAUUAUUCAUGCAAGAAAUGAAUAAUUGCAAUAAAAAGCUUAUAAAUAAAAUCCUCAAAAACAAGAA